GAUAUCAGACACAUACAUUUUGCUCAACAUGGCUAUUCCUACUUCAGAGUUUCUCCAACUGAGUACAAGGAAACCUAAAAAUCCAUUUCAUCAUCUUCAUUUGCCAUCACAAAAAGCAUCAAGUCUUUCAAUUAAGAAACUACUUUGGCCAAAUCCAAAAGCUGCUCUCACCCUCACUCGUGCCCCUACCAUAAGUAUCUCACAAACUUUCACAGAAUUGAAAUCACAAGGGAAAGUGGCAUUCAUCCCCUACAUCACUGCCGGCGAUCCAGAUCUCUCGACAACCUCUCAAGCCUUGAAGGUGCUCGAUUCUUGUGGAGCCGAUGUAAUCGAACUAGGCAUACCCUGCUCUGAUCCUUCGCUAGACGGUCCGGUGAUUCGCGCUUCAGCCUCACGUUCCUUGGCAGGAGGAACAAAGUUCAACCACAUCAUCUCAAUGCUAGAGGACGUUGUUCCGCAAUUGUCGUGCCCUAUCACUUUAUUAUCCUACUCUAAACCUAUUAUCAGGCAUGGAAUCGAAAACUUCAUGUUGGCCAUAAGCCAGGCCGGAGUACGGGGGCUUGUGGUUCCCGAUGUCCCUUUUGAAAAGACGCAACGUUUGAGAUUUGAAGCAGCGAAUAACAACGUUGAGUUGGUGCAGCUAACGACACCAACUACCACAACAUCUCAGAUGAAAAACAUUGUCCGAGCGUCGGAGGGUUUCGUGUACCUGGUGAGUGCGUUGGGGGUCACCGGGGCUCGUCCGCGUGUGAACCAACAAGUUCCAAAUCUCUUGAGGGAGAUUAAGGAGGUGACAAACAAGGCAGUGGCAGUUGGGUUCGGGUUGUCAAAGCCUGAGCAUGUGAAGCAGGUGGCGGAGUGGGGAGCAGAUGGUGCUAUUGUUGGUAGUGCCAUAGUUAAGGUACUGGGUGAAGCUAAAUCUCCAUUGCAUGGGUUGAGAGACCUUGAAUCUUUUGCUAAAUCUUUCAAGUCUGCUCUCCCCUGAUGAUCAAAUAUAACAAAAUUACAACUGAAAAUUUGGAUGAUGGAUUCUGAAAUAUACGUAAGUUCCAAUAGUUUCACUAAAACGAAAUAUGUAAAAAAAAGAAAAAUCGAGCAGGGAAUCACGUACCACAAGUUCAAAAGUUUGGUAGACCAAGUUAAUACAUCUUGUGGCCAUGGCUUUUUCUAUCGGAAUAUGUACGUUCAGAAGAAUUUUGAAACGUGGAACUUACAUAUAGUAACUUUCUGGGUUUGGUGUUGGUAUCUCUUAUAAAUACUAAGGAGAUGGGCAUGCUCCUUUGCGAGCCUUAAUGCGCCAUCAAUAGUAUAUUGUAUGAUUUGUAUCGGAUAAGUUACAUUAUCUAAUAAUUAUCUACGCUGCCUAUCUCAAUAAGUCAAUAUUAAACAAGAGUUCUAUUAAA